UGUAAAGACGGAACUUUUGACGACGGCGAAUGGAGGAAGACAGGGCGGCCGUGACCGGAGAUGUUGCGUCUCGAGAGACGACGGAACCUAGCGAGGACAUACUCAUGUGCGUCGACGUUGAUGCGGAAUCUACGGUGGAGAUGAAGACGACUGGUACUAACGGUAGGCCUCUUAACAGACUAGAGUGCGUCAAGCAAGCCAUUACUCGCUUCAUUCACGACAAGCUCGCCACAAACCCCAAUCAUCGUUUUGCUUUCGCUACCCUCUCCAAAUCAGCCGCUUGGCUUAAAAAGGAAUUCACCAGUGAUUUUGAAUCUGCUGCUGCCUCCCUAAGAGAAAUGUCAGCUACUAAAUCCUCUGGUUCAGCGGAUCUCACUCUUCUGUUCGAGGAAGCGGCUCAGGAAGCCAAAAAUUCCAGAGCACAAAACCGAAUUUUGAGAGUGAUUCUCAUAUACUGCAGGUCAUCCGUGAGACCAACCUAUGAUUGGCCCGUAAACCAGAAGCUUUUCACAUUGGAUGUUUUGUACCUACACGACAAGCCGGGUCCUGAUAACUGUCCUCACGAUGUCUAUGACUCUCUUGGUGAUGCUAUAAAGCGUGUUUCAAAGUAUGGAGGUUACAUCUUUGAGAGCGGUCAUGGGCUUGCACAGUCUGUUUUCAAACGUAUGUCAACAUUGUUAUCACAUCCUCCUCAAAGAUGUGCUCAAGUCGAUCUCCCCAAGCCCCCUGCAAAGAAGCCAGCUGUUUCCUGUGGUAAGUCAGCCUCGUAUUCAAAGAAACGAGCGAUGCAACCGUUAGGAAAAACUCCUAAUACAAACACAAAGAGAACACACAGCCCAGGCAAAGACAAAGCAUCUAAUCUCAAAAACUAUGAUGAAAAUUUAGUUGGGUCGAGGGUCAAAAUCUGGUGGCCUUUGGAUAAAGCGUAUUAUGAAGCUGUGGUCAAUACAUAUUAUUCUGCUAAAGAUAGACAUCGGGUUCGUUAUGUUGAUGGAGACGAAGAAAUCUUGAAUAUGAGAACUGAAAAGUGGUAUUUUGUGAAUAAAUCCAAAUUGUCAAAGCAGGAUAAAGAAGCUAAUCAAACGGGAUGUGAUGAAGAAGCCUCCACAAUGCCUCAGAAGAAGAAAGCUAAGACAACCAAGGAACAGUCAACUAAUAAGCAAUCAAAGAUACCAUCUUCACCUUGUAAUAGAAAGGAUGAUGAGGUUGCCCAAAUAUCACGGAGCCAGGCAAAACAAGUUCUCAGUAGCUGUGCUAGCCAGCUCAAAACGUAUAUGACAGAAGCAGUGAAAUCAUCGAGCGUCUCCUUGGAUAAGCACAGUGAUGUAGUGGAUUCAAUAUGUGAAGGGGCAUUUGAUGCUUUGAAGCAGGAAGAAAUUGUGGCUAAUGAAAAAGAAGACUUUCAAGGGCCAAGGGAAUCGGCAGUUGAGGAACAACAGAAGGCAGCAGAAGUUCCGACCCCUGAGCUAACUUGUGUACCUGAGAGGAGACUUAAUCUGGAGCAUUCAUUAAGUUUUUGUCCUCAUGAGUCAUCUGUCAGUGCAGCUAUUUCGUCUAAGAAUGAGAAUGGACAUAAGGCAGUGUCCCCGCGAUGUGAAAAAGUGGCUAUUGGUGGAGUAGAGACUCAGGAAAGGAAAAUCCUUGAGAUGGUUCAACAACCAGUGGCUGAAGAAGAGGCAGACACUGAGACUCAGGCAGACAAGCAAGCUCAAGUCGCAAGCUCCAGCCAUAAAAAUGCCUACGGGGAGAUGGAUAAGAAAGCUGCAGAAGGAGAAACGUUUUGCCGUUCUCACAAAUCCAGUGCUGAGCCUGGAGACGUGCAUCCCAUGAAACCCACUCAAUCUUGCUGCGUCACACAACAGCUGGCUAAGGUGAAACAGAGCAUUUUAGACACAAUAGCCAGUGUAAGACAGUUUCGCUGUGAGCUGGAGACAAAGGAACAGAGCAUUGUAGACACGCUAAGCAUCGUAAGACAGUUCCGUUGUGAGAUAGAGAAAAAGGAAGACAACCUUGAAGAUUCACUUGUGGAAAUUGACGUGUUAGGGGAGAAGAUAUUGGAGAUCAACAAAAUCCUCAACUGAAGAGGAGGAAGUGGACUGCAAACUCUCCUUUCUUUGUUUUUGGUAUCCUGAACUAGUUCGACGAUGGAGUUAUAAGUAGUUGACCAGAGAGAAGUUUUUUUUGUAUAGCGUUAUCUCUCAAUCAAGUUUAUUAAAGACAGUUGAUUUCGGAUGGUAAUAAGGGGUUAGUUGAUUAGUUCUCGACCCAUAACGUUGGAAACAUAAUUAAGAAGAAAGUUAUAAUUAAUGUUGGCCA